AUCGAGGCAGUGAGUGAGAGUGUUGAAGCUUGCUUGCUUGGUUGCCAUGGCAAUGGCGGCGCAGGCGAAUUACAUGACGACGGGAUGCUCGGCGUGGAGGGACGAUGACUACAGGAGGAUGGUGAUGGCGUGCCUGAUCGAGGCGGUGUACCUGCUGGAGCUGGAGAGGCAGGAGAGGCGGGACGCGGCGGCGGUGGCGCAGCAGUGGUGGAAGCCGUUCAGGUACAGGCUGGUGCACGAGCUGGUGGACGAGAGGGACGGCUCCGUGUUCGGCGCCAUCUUCGAGCGGGAGCACCAGGCGGCGCCUCCGGCGGCGGUCGACGUCGACGGCGAGGGCGAGGGCGAGCCGCCGCGCGCGGUGAUCGCGUUCCGGGGCACGCUGCUGCGGGGGCCGACCAUCCGCCGGGACGUCGAGGACGAGCUCCGCCUGCUGGCCCGGAACAGCCUCCGCGGCUCGGCGCGGCUGGCCGGCGCGCUGCAGGCGCUCAGGGCGACCAUCGAGAGGUUCGGCUCGGAGAACGUCUGCCUCUGCGGCCACUCCCUCGGCGCCGGCUUCGCGCGGCAGGUCGCCAGGAUGCUCGCGUCGUCGUCCCCGCGCCACCACCAGCAGCCGGCAGCCGCCGCCGCGUCGCUCGAGUUCCACCUCUUCAACGCGCCCUACCUGUCCCUGCCCAUGGGCGUCAGGAGCGUCGUCAAGACGGCCGACUGCCUGCUCAAGGCGGUCCGCACCGGCGUCGCCGCCGUCGGCAGGUGGCACGGCAAGGCGCUCAAGAACGUGGCCUACGCCAACUGCAUCCUCGGCUACACGAGGCUCGAGAGCAGCCGGAGGUUGUGAGACCACACGAUUCACAGAUCGAUACGACGACGACGUUGCUUGUACCUACCCAUCACCAGUUCAUCACCUUCGCGGGAUUCAAUUCGAUGAGAAAAAAAACAAUAAGCAUCUGACAUGAGGAUGCACGGCUUAGGCUGCCCUGCAUGCUUGCUCUGUAAAUGUUAAAAAGGCUCCAUCGGCGCUGUUAAUUGUGAAUUAGUACUAUCUAGUUAUCACUACGGUUUUGUCAUUGUUUGUGCACUUGCCCAGCGCAUAAACUUAGUUCUAUGAACAGUUUGAGAAUCGUCUUUCGCCGCUCAGAUUUUGGGCCUGUUUCGGGGUUU